CUCUUUCCUCCCCCCCCCCGGUCUUCCUUCUCCUGGGAAAGGGGCAGUUUUAGGGGGUGGGAGAGAGAAGGGGGGGUUGUCCAUCCAGGCAAACUUUAGGGCUCGUCUCCUGAAGGGGAGGAAGGUUUCCUGACAAGUGGGAUGAGCCCCUCUUUUGCAGGGGGAAAAUGACAGAUCAAGGGGGCUUCUGCGCAAGGUGUCAAUUUGAAUUGGAUUUUAAGGGGGAAGGGUGAUGUAAAGGUUCCCUCUCUCCUCCCCCCCUCUUUUUUUUUUAAUUUUAAUGGGAUCAACUCAGGGCAGCCUGGGGUCUGCAUCCGUUCAGGAGCUACAGGAUACAUUAGGGUUUUUUUUUUGUUGGGGGGGUUAGGUGCAAAGUAUAACUAGUAACCCACCCCAUCUGUCUUUUUAAAGCUGUCUUGGGGUGGCUGUUCGAGGCGGGUAUUUUUUUGUGCCUGUUUUAGGGAUCUGGAGUGGCACUAGGUUUAUUCUUAUUUGGAAUGGUACAGGUUUUUGCUUUUGGUGGGGUAGCUCUGGGAUUUUUCUUUUUGCCUUUAAAACAACCACCACCCUUUCGUUGAAGAAGUACAGAAGAGACCUGUUUGUGCGCUGCCUUCUAUUACAAUUUUUUCUGUGGCUUGGCUUCAUUCCUGGAGGAGUUUUUUCCCCCCUGCGUAUAAAUCUGCCUAUUGAUUUCCAAAAAAGAAAACAAAUAAAGAGAAACGCAUAUAAACGCACACUGAACCUGCCUCUGAGAGGGAAAUAGCCAGGUGAAAAACGCACUCAGUUUCCAUGGACAACCCGUCCAUUAUCACCCAGGUGACUAACCCCAAAGAGGAAGAAAUCCUGUCUUGUUCUCAGGAUAAAGUGUCCCAAUGUAAUCUCAGUCUGAAGAAGCAGAGGAGUCGAAGCAUCUUUAGCACUUUAUUCUGCUGCUUUCGUGACUACAAUGUUGAGCCACCGUCUCCCAACAGCACCAGUGUCCUUCCUCCAUUGGUUGAGGAAAAUGGCGGACUUCAGAAGGGUGACCAGAUGCAGGUCAUUCCCAUUCCAAGUCCCACAGCUAAAUACCUCUUGCCAGAAAUGACAAUAUCUGAUUAUGGGAAGAAAUGUGUGGUCAUUGAUCUAGAUGAAACACUAGUACACAGUUCCUUUAAGCCAAUUAGCAAUGCUGAUUUUAUUGUUCCAGUUGAAAUUGAUGGAACUAUACAUCAGGUUUAUGUAUUAAAACGGCCACAUGUGGACGAGUUUCUCCAGAGGAUGGGAGAACUCUUUGAAUGUGUGUUAUUCACCGCCAGUCUAGCAAAGUAUGCAGACCCAGUGGCAGACUUGUUGGAUCGAUGGGGUGUGUUCAGGGCUCGGCUCUUCAGAGAAUCCUGCGUUUUCCACAGAGGAAAUUACGUGAAGGAUCUAAGUCGUCUCGGGCGAGAGUUGAGCAAAGUCAUUAUAGUGGAUAACUCUCCUGCCUCCUACAUCUUCCAUCCCGAAAAUGCAGUGCCUGUACAGUCCUGGUUUGAUGACAUGACAGACACGGAAUUGCUAGACCUUCUUCCUUUCUUUGAAGGACUAAGCCAAGAAGAGGAAGUCUACACCAUGCUUCAUAAACUCUGCAACAGGUAGCCUUCCAAGCCCUGUCGCUGCUGGGCUGCAGCCCCUCUGCACCAUUCUGACAGCAUCUCAGAGGCUGAUCUUAUCAAAAGUUAGAAAGCUCUCUCGCUCUUCCUCUGCGGGUGCUGUACAUGAAGGACAAUCAUGAACAGAUGCUACUAAAUCAUGGGAAUGCUGACACCGUAUGGUGAUAAAGACUACUUUUUUAAAAAAAAAUAUGAAAAUUUAAAAGAAGAUAUUUUGAAUGGGACUGUUUUAACGAAUUUCGUAAAUGGACACAUUUUACAGGAUUCCCUUUUUUCUUAAAACAUGCCAAAUAUAUAUAUAAAAGCUUGAUGUUGUCUCAGCAAGUUGACUUGAUCCCUUCCUUAUCCAUCCUGCUAUGCAGACCAUUCCCUUCCCACUCCACCCUGCUUAAUAGAGCAGUUGACCUGACUCUGAACUUUCUUUCUUCCAUGAUGAAGUGCCUUUUUGAAUGUUGUUUUAAGAUUUAAAAAGGGGGGGGAAUCAUUUUUGUAUAAGGCAUAUUUCCAGACAUCUUUUAGUCUUGUAUUGUUUAAAUGCUUUAAGAAGAAGAAGCUGGAAAUCUUUUAUAGAGCAUUGUAAUAUAUGGAAACAAAAAAGAAAUUGGAAAGGAAUGGGGGGUGGGUGGGUUUGUCUCUUAAGACAAUGUCAUUAGCAUUGCAUCGGCUAUCUAUGUGUCACACUUGAAUCAUUUCGGAGUCUCGAUGCAGAGACAGGAGUUCACUGGGUAAAUACAUAAGUUGGUGAUUUCACCUUCUUAAUAAUGUGGGGCAUGUUUUGCACAUAGCUUGGAGUAUAUCUGCAUUUUUGACUCAAUACGGCAAGAAAGAAUGAGGUAUGGACACAGUGGCAAGCAGUUCCCCAGCACUUUCCAGAGGGGUCGUCUACAACCUUUGCUCACGCACAAGUACCAAGUGUUUUCUGUUGCUAGCGAGGAUGGGAUACCGACACCAAGCAUUGAAGACAAUAGGUUUAAUUUAUUAAGCUUGAAUUCUUUCAGACAGAAAGAUGUGUAUUGAGCUGUUUUGGGAAAUACGAGGGCUCCCAGCCUCAGUGGGAGCUAACAUACAAACCCACCUCUCCGUCCUAUCAAUGAGCAGGCCCAUGAGACUGUCCUGGUCUCGUUUGGCCCCCUUUCCAUUUUGUUUUUGUUCACUGCCACUCCUGAGCGUUCACCCAACGGAGCUGAACCCCCCACCCCACCCCUCCGGCUGUUAUACUGUUCUUUGCCACUGUGCCUGUGCCCCUGGAACCUUCCUUGAAAAGCUGCAAAACUGACAGGCAACAAAAUAAAACGCUGGCUCUGUGUGUGAAGCACAUAUAAUUUAUAUUGGCUCGUUUAAUCAAAAGUGGCAUGCAUUCCCCCCCCAAAAAAAUUGGGUUUGUGUACUCUUUCCUCAGUGCUUCAUUUGUUUUUGUUUAGUUUUGUCUUUGGUUCUGUGCACUUACGCCCUGCUUUUUAAAAAAUCAGGCAUGAUGAUUAUGAGUCUAAGUUUCCCCAUGGCUCAUCCUUUUUUUUUAAAGGGUCUCUCAGAGAAGGCCAGAUUUUUACCACUUCACUGAAGCACUGAGAUGACUGGAACUGAGGUUCAGAUAUGGGCUGGGGUUGCCCACGUGUUAAAGCGGAAGAGUUUUUUACGAAGGUUUUCAAAUUGUUCAGUCUUUCUUGGGCUUUCAUUCUUUUUUUUUUUUAUGUUCAACCCCACCCCAUUUGCCAGUUAUUUUCAGGAUAAAGAACAACUUUUUUCCUGGUUUUUUUGUGUUUGUUUUUUUGACAAUUUGAAGCUGAAAAAGAAUCCACAAGGCCUUUUCAAUUAUUUUUCUGCUCUCCUCCCACUUCUGUUCCUUCUGAACCAACUGAAAAUCCAUAGUUGUUCAUAUUUAGCCAUACUGGACAGGAAUUGUCCAAAUAUGUUUGGUGCUUAAUCCAAAAAAACUGACUAAAACUGAACUGGUUUAUUAUCCGUACUUGCCUUUACCCCAGAAUUAUGGCUAACUGGGAGCCUCAAGAAGUGGAACUAGGAUUUCUAGUUCUCAGUUUAAAAGCAAACAAAACAAAACAAAACAAGCAGCUUGAACAAAUUAAUCCAUUCUAAAAGCAAGCCAGCCUCCAUGGGCGUAGAAUAGGCCAACCUUCCCCAUCUCAGUGUCAUCUGGCUUGAUCAGGCUGGAAUAGGUUACCACAGGCACACGAGAAGACAGAUUUGUCUCUUGGAUCUUGCCCGGCCUGGUGCCUACCAGAUCUGUACUGGAUUAUAGGAGUUGUAGUGCAAUGCACCUGGAAGGCCCCGGAGUGAACAGCCACAGUGCUAUCAGAUCCAGUGUUCUCCACAGCUUUGGCGGUGUUGUGUAAGCAGUACAAGCCUGUUUGUCCUCAGAUCAUCACCCAUCUAAAUGCCACCAACACCUUGUUUGCCCAGUUUAAAAAAAAA